AUGGCCCAGUUCGAAUGCUUUGCCGCCGCCCUGCUUUUUGCCGUCGUCCCGCAGACCCAGGCGCCGCAGGGCCUACUCACCGACUACCUGUACGUGACGCAGGCCCUGGACCAGGAAAUCUUGGACUCGACAUAUUUUGCCCUCCGCGGCGCCGUUUUGCAGUCUGCUGGCGAGUGCUUGGCCGCAUGGGAAAUCCGCCUACUGAUCUUGCUUUUUAGUGGACAGCUUGCCCGGGCCAAGCGCGAGGCCGUGGCUCUCAACAACGCACUAUAUCUCCGUGAGAACCCCGGGGCAAACCGGGCCAGUUUGGCCAGCACGCCAUUCAAACACCCUGCAAACACACCCCCGAGCCCCGGGACCGGCGGUUCCCGGCACGGGCCGGCCGUGCUGCCGGUGUACCCUCUCCCGAACAACAACGACGGGCAGAUCCCGGACUCUUUGCUCAUGUUGAUGGUCAGUUUGAAGGCUGCGCCCAGCUUGGCCCGGGUCAACGAGAUCUACCGGUUGUGCUACCAAAAGCGGCUCAAGGGCGACCGGGAAAACGCGGGUGUUUUCGUGGGCACGGGGAACGGCCUACAGGCCAGGCUCAUGGCGUUGGCGUAUGCUGUGAUUGCGGUGCUUUUUGUGACCCGGAACCACGCCACGCUUGUUUCUUUUCUUGCCUCGCUCCGCGGGGAUCUACAGGAAGCAAUUGCACGGAACAGGCGGGGCGACGCGAGUCCCAAGGGAGCGGCGUGGACUGGUAAUGCUGAGACUGAGAGAAAAGAGGGCACCGAGACUGAGAAGACUGAUAUUACGAAGGCCGAGAGGAGUGAUAUCACCGAGGCCGAGAGGAGUGGGUUUACGGGGACUGAGAGUAGUGAGACUGGAAAAAUUGAGAAUACCGAGGCCGAGAAGAUUGAGGGCACUGAAACCGUGAAGAUUGAGAAUGCCGAGACUGAGAUCAAUGCCGAGCCUGAGAUCAAUGUCGAGACUGAGGUUAAUUCCGAGACUAAGGUUGAUUCCAGGACUGAGAUUGAUUCCGAGAAUAAGGUCAAUAUCGAGACCGGAAUUGAUUCCGAGAAUAAAAUCAAUAUCGAGACUGGGAUUAAUUCCGAGACUGAGAUUAUUGAGAGUACCGAGUCUGCGAAUGAUGCUGCGACUCAGACUGAUCAUGCCGCGACUGAAUCCAGGCAUAUCACCACUGAACGUCCCGAAAAUUCGAAAAACCCGGGAACCCCCGGGGGCCUCCAGAACCGUCCACACGUCGCGGGCGAACCGCCAAAUGCGUCCCCAAGUUCCGUCACCAACCUCCACGAAUAUUAUUCCCACGCCACUUUAUUAUGGGUGUUGGCCAAAAUCCAAGUGCGCCGCGCGUCGCAAUCUGCACCCGCAGAAUGGGGCCCGCUAUAUGAGCCGCAGCUUGCGCUGGUAUGCAAGGCCACGUGGACAGCGGUGCUGGUGGUCACGGGGAAAAUCGCCCCCCAAAUCAACGGCGACAUCGUGCACGUGGACGCCUGCCGCAAAAAACCCUCCGUGGAGGAUUUGGCCGGUUUGGUGGAUCAAGACCUUUUUUCCGUGCGUACGGUCUGCUGCUUGCUAGCGCACUGGAGCGUGGCUGCGACAUAUACCUCCAGUCUCUCGGAAACGACAUUCAGCACAGAUUUGGGCCGCGUAUACGCUCAUGUUCUAGCCAGAUGGGACGGCCAAUUUAACAAGUUCUAUGGCUUGGAGUAG